GCAAAAUAAAAGCAAUUUCUUGAUCUCAAUUUAGUCACGUGAUUCAAAUCAUAUGACUUCUUGCCACGUGUCGAAAGAAUGUCACCUCCGAAAGGGUGUUACGGGUGUCAUAAUUGUCAAACAGUACGCGUUUUGGAUUCCUCACUGAAAAAACCAUGUGCUUUUGAAUUUUCCUUCCGAAUCCACCCGCCAAAACAACACUGAAGAACUCCUUUAUUUUUUCGGGUGACUUAUCACCGAAUGCUCAACACACUUGGAACACAGCCGAGGGCUACAAGAUGGCGUUAACAAGUUCAGGCAGGACUUCAAAUUAAAAACGGCUGCAGUUUACCGUCCAUAGUGGCUAAAGAUGAAAUGUACUGUACUUAAUUAUCAGAACCAAUAAAUCUUUUGUUGCACUUUGUGUUACGGACUAAUUUUCUUCAGUCCCAAAUAUACUUGUUCAUUGUUUUAGUUUAUUGGCGUAAUGUGAUGCCAUUUUGCAUUGAGAAAUUGGUUCUUCUUACGCCUUCUCAACACCAGUUUCAUCACUGUCCUCGAUUAUGCAUUCUCAAUUCAAAGUUUAUGAUAGUCUCGCCCGAGGGAACGGAAUUCGAAAUUAACGAAGAAAGCAGAGGAAGGGUAUGUUUUCGAAAUCUAUUCUUCUCAAUUUGUAUCGCUGUAGCGGCUGGUACAGCCGUUUUCUAAAAUGUUUCCAUAAGAGAAGAAAAGCUUAAAAGUUGCUUUGAAGACACACAAAAAGGUGUUUCGACAAGCGGCAUCGUGCGCUUAACAAUGGAACACAUGAUCAAUUGAAAGGACACUCGAUCGCGACCAAUAGGAGCGCACCAUGUUCCUUCCAUAAACAAGAGUUUCGUUAUCUCCAGGGAGUACAAGUGUUUCUCCUGCUGGCUGAUGAAGGCCAGUGGAAUUAACUUAACAAUGUAGAAUGAUAAACACGUUGUAUCCAUGGCCGGCUAAAUGGCAAAAGCCAAAAGUGUACAAAUGACCAUCAGGUGAAAUAACGUUAAACAAUAAACCCGCUCAUACAGUACGCGCGUAAAGAUUGAAAACUGCCGACUCGCUGUCGACAGGCUGCUUCAAAUAAGGUACAAGCUGCUGCACGCCUUUUUUUUUUUCUUAAGGAAGAGCAUAAGCCUCCAAGAAGAGGAUUUUAAAAGCGCAUGUAAAUUGCACUUUUUUAGUGGUGUAAGAAGCACUAUCAGAGGAACCAUUUGUGACCUCCAUCAGGAUGGAUGACUUUUCAAGCCAAGCCAGUUCAGAUGUAAAGAGUUCUUAUUCAUUUUUGUGAGCAUUAAUCUGAGGAGUCAAGCUGAGGCAAGGAAGCUACUUCUCGUCACGGAAGCCACUUCAGUACAAGAACCAAUCAAUCAGAUGAACGAGCUAGAGUGGUGAAUGACAGUGGUCAAUCACGUCAUCUUGUGGUCAGCAGUGAGUAUUACUACAGCCAGAUCCUCAGUUGAAACCAGGAAUGCCGGGACAGAGAACACAAGAGACUUAGAGGACGUCUUUUCAGAUUCAGUGAUGUCAACAACCAAGAGCAACCAAAGAGCCUUCUUUUCAACAUUUGACGAGCUAUUGCCAACAUUGAAGUGACGCUUUUGUGAGGAAAGGUGCUGACGGCAUGGACAAAUCUUUGAACGCGGUAGUGGGUUUUAUCCAAGACGUGCGGAUUUGAAAAAAUUAAGCAGCCGGGCUUGUAUAGAUUGUGCGCUGAAUAAAGGAAACAUAAUUAAAUUAUUCAAACUUUAAUCCAAGCAAAUAAAUGAGAAGCUCUUUCUGUUUUAAAAAUAGAGGUUUCAAUACGACCACAGAUUUUACAUUUGCUAUUCGUUUACCAUCAAGUAGCACACGAACAAAGGUUAAAUUUACAUUGGAUUCUUCCAAAGUCACUUUGUGAUAUGAGUGCAAGAUUAAAUAAACAAAAUUUAAAUACAAAAAAAAAAAAAUAGGGAAAGCUCAAAUAAAAUGGAAUAUAAUUGCAACAAAUAAAUGUAGUCAGAGAUGGUGGCUUAAUUCAAACUUUGUGGAAUCUAUCGAUAACUAAUCAGAUGGAAGACUUAUAGGUGUCACAGGAUGUCUGGAGCAGGAUGAAAUCAAAAAGCUCACACGCUCUCGUGCACUCACAGCUAUUUAUUAAUUUUGUCAGACGCCGUUCAGGCGUUGUUGAGAAGCCUAGUAUUGAGUGUAAUAAACAGAGAGGGACAGUGCACAUAGUCUUCGGACCAAUAAUUUGCUGACGCAGUGGCCGUAAUCAUAUGAUCAGCUUUCAAACCCUCUCACGUGUUUCCCAGCAUUCUUUAUAACUGACUUCACUUGGAAGAAUCUGGAUCUUAAUCGAGAUUGGAAUUACAUAACGAUAACAAAUUUAAAUUGAAAAAAAGCACUGGGGGGCGUCUAACGCAGUAAAUAGCUCCUUCAACUGACAGAAGAGAGAAAAUCUGGUGACAAAGAGACAAAAAUUGUUGUAAUUGAUAUAUUGUAUAUCAUUUAUAAGUCCCUUAUUUCGUUCAUGGGUGUAUCUCUAGAAUGGUGUUCAGGCGCUUUUGGAUGCCACCAUCUCCACUGUUUCUUUAUAAUUUAAAAUUUAUUGAAGUAUUCGUUGUGGAGAAAAGUAUAGUGUCUUGCAAGAAGAAGUUGGGCAGCAGGAAACUUUUAAACGACGCUUUUUAAAAUUUGAUAAGGCAAACAAGAGUUCUUUUUCGGACACGUUGUACACCAUGAAAGAUGAAUUUUCGCGAUUAUAUUCGCAACCAGACAUAAUAAAUAAUUCAGCAUUGAACGCGAAUUUUCUUUAUAACGUCCCAUUGAGUUUAACCGAUGAAAUAAUUAAAACACAAAAAUGGUUUCAGUAUGAUAGUUGACAUUAAACGAAACUUUGUUUCAAACCAAAAUUAACACUUUUGCGGCUGUGAUUUGUAUAAGCAAAUACAGUCUGUUAUUAUCAACAUUAUAUUUAUUUUGGUCCUGUACGUGUAUGAUACGUCUGGCUUUCAGACCGAAGAGAUAAUAAACACAAUGCAAUAAGCUGAUAGGUGUUUAAGAAGGCCUAUGCACUUGAUUACGCAAUGCAAAGCACUUGUAACUAUCUUAUCUCGUGCAGGAACGGUUGGAUUUCGUUUCUUAAUGGCGGAUGUGGCAGGAACCAGUGUUGUCGCUGCAAAAAUACUGCAUGUUAUUUAUGCCAACCACAGUCCACGUCAUUUUGAUCGUGGUAUGAUUUCUUAAGAGAAGUGGACGACCCCAUAGUAAUAUUUCAAUGCGUUUCGCUUUCAAGGGAACUAGUUGAUAUGUCGAUGUGAUAUCAGUUCAUUUUUUGUCAGAGACCAUUGCAGUUGUUCUAAAAAUGUGGAAUGAUUUCUCGAAUGGCUAUGGGAAGAAUGGAGAGAGGAAGCCAUCAAGUGGAAAUCAACGACUCAACGAUCAUGUCGAAUCAGAAGUGUUUAGUACGAAGUAUGGAAACAAUGGCUUCGGCAAUCCUCUCUUUAAUAGCAAGAAAGAAAACUCGCAAACUUUUGAAGACUUUUUGGAAUUCAACGGUCAAGAAGUCCUUCAUUUGUACAAACUAACAGCUUGGGAAGAACGUUGUCGACAGUUCUCCAGUAAUGAUACUUUGCCAUUGCCUCAGAAACUGCGUUUAGGAUGCGCUGUUGAAAACAACGAUAGCGUUGAUGGCGAGAGUUACAUAAUCGAAAGUUUGGGUUCAUUUUCGUCACCUGCUGAGCACGCGAGCGGUACAUCAAGACACGAUGAAACAACAAACAGCGGCCCAGAGAACAAUCCAAUCUCUGCAAGGUUUAAAAAUCAGCGGCGAAAAGAAAGGAAAUCAUCUCUUAAUGCCUUAUCCGUAUUACCACCACUAGUAGAAGAAAAAUACAACAGCAGUCCUGCACCAGUAAUUAGGCGGAAGACUAUUGGUAGUAUUGGAGAGAGAGACCGCUUUGAAGUGCCUGAUAUAGUUUUAUCAAAAGUAGAUGAUGCGCAUAGAGAUACAGAGAGGUUAAAGCUGCCCACGAUAGAGCCGAAAUCAGGCCAUCUGCAGAUGUCGUUAUCUUCAUCGGAUCCAAACAGACUAGGUCCUCCUAGCAUCCUUGGUCCUUUUAAGGCCUUUAGGCCACCUGUACAAGCGCGUUCAAAAGAUAAGAAUACGAUAGAUAAUGUUCGAUUGCCACAGUUGAAAACACAGAAUUCCAGCUUAAGAGCAGAUGACGAACAGGAAAAUGGAUUUGAAAACCCGACCCAAUAGUAUUGAAUCUCUUUUUUGGAGCGCAGUGCUCGUGGUAUUGUGGGCCUGCUACACUUGGAAAACCGUCCUGCAUAGCUCUGCUUUAGAGAAACUUAAACAAGUACCUAAACAAUGGUUUGAUCUUUCUAGCAAGAAUUCAUAAAUGGAAAGAAUUCAUUGUCAGGAAGUGAGGAUGGUCGGCAAUGGAUCUGUGGAAAUGACACUGUUGGUACUCCUUCGUGAUAUGGGGUGGUGAAUUUUCUCGAAUUUUCCGCAGAGCUGUCCCACAGUCUCACAGUUUCUUUUCAAGACUAGGAAAGUCUCGAAGUACCGAUUUGUUUGCUUCAGUUUCGCUUGUUUUAAAAUGUUUCGAGGAUAUGUCGCAUUUAAAACACUUUAUUUUGAAGUCUCGGGCUCCUAAUUUUAAAAAUUUAACAUGUCUCGGGUUCGCAAAGAGAAACGCUCGUCUCGCCUUCUCGCAAAGUCUCACAUUUAUCAUUCACCACCCCUAUGAUAGUCAGUGUCUGAUAACGUUUAUACCGUGGUUUAUCAAGAAUAGGUGGCUUACAAUCAUAAGAA